CGAUAUUGUCAAUAAAUGAAACAGCUGAUCGCAAAACAUAACCUACAAAUAAUUCAUAGUGUAUAGUAAUUUUUGUGAUAAAAAUCGUAUUAUGUGAAUAAACUAGUAGAAAUGUGUUCUAUAUUAGUGAAGCGUUUAAUUUACGUACCAAACCGUUAUUUACUUAAGUGUAUUAGUACGGAAAGUCCAAGAGUUAGAUUUGCGCCGAGUCCUACAGGCUAUUUGCAUUUAGGAGGUUUACGCACUGCUUUGUACAACUAUUUGUUUGCUAAAUCUCGCAAUGGAACCUUUAUACUACGUAUAGAAGACACAGAUCAGACAAGGAAAGUAGAAGGUUCUGUAGAUGCAUUGGUGAAUGAUUUGCAAUGGGCGGGCAUUGAAUGUAACGAAGGACCAGGAAUAAAUGGGAAAUAUGGUCCUUAUAUACAGAGCGAAAGGUUGAAUAUUUAUCAAGAGCAUAUAACAAAACUCCUCGACAAUGGUUCAGCAUACAAAUGUUUCUGUACUGAGCGCAGACUGAACAUAUUACGCAGAGAUGCAGUGAAGUCACAAAGGAUACCUAAAUAUGAUAACCGAUGUAGGAGUUUGUCUCCUGAGGACAUAAAACAGAAGAUGGAUGCUGGUGUUCCAUAUUGUAUUAGAUUUAAGCUAACAUCAGACUGCCAGUACUUCGAAGAUCUAAUAUUCGGCAGUAUAGCAUACGACGUGUCUCUGAACGAAGGGGACCCAGUGCUAAUGAAGAGUGAUGGCUACCCAACAUACCACUUCGCUAACGUGGUGGACGACCAUUUGAUGGACAUCACUCAUGUGUUGCGAGGCGUAGAGUGGCAGAUCUCUACUACUAAGCAUUUGCUGAUUUAUAGGGCGUUCGGUUGGAAGCCGCCGCAGUUCGGCCACAUGCCGCUGAUAGUGAAUGCGGACGGCACUAAACUCAGCAAGAGACAGAGUGACGUCAAAGUUGAAGACUAUAGAACCAAUGGUAUAUUCCCGUUGGCGCUAGUGAACUACAUAACAUUGUCUGGCGGUGGGUUCGAGCACGUGCCGGGCGCAGGCCUCAGACUCAAGACUAUGGAAGAAUUAGCUGGAGAGUUCCAGAUUGACAAAAUAUCAUCACACCCAAGUCGACUAAACCCCGACCUAUUAGAAGAAAGCAAUCGCUUAGAAAUUAAACGGAGACUAAGAGACGAAGACGAAGCAAAAAGCCUAGUAUCUAAACUACAAGAAUUAAUAACUAAAACUUAUCCAGAACACAAUUUGAAUUUGACAGAAGAACAUGUUAAAUCCGUUUUGAACUGGUCGGCAACACGAAUUUCAAGAAUAGAAGAAUUAUCUUCUAAAAAAUAUGGUUUUCUAUGGAUUUUACCUAAGAGCACUGCGAAGGUUGACCAGGAAUUAUUAAGGAAAUUGGUAAAUAAUUUGGAAGGAUUGGAGAAGUUUGACCAGGGUAGUCUAAAGGAGAGCUUGAGGAGUUUCUCUGCGCAGAAUGGUGUGAAGUUUCCGGCUCUUAUGAAGAUGCUGCGGUCGGUUAUAAGUGGGCUGGAUGAGGGACCAGGAGUCGCGGAGAUGAUGGAUUUGUUGGGCAAGACACAGUCGUUAGAGAGAAUUAAAGCUGUUGUACGAUAAGAGCGGACCUGUGCGGCGGUGUACGUCGGAGUUGGUCCUUCGGAGACGCUUCGUCGUCCUCUCAGCCAGCGACUGCCCUUCUUUUGGACCUAAGGACCAGGUGAAAGGGACGAAUGAAAUGGCUGGGGUCACAGCUGUGUUGUGUCAGGUGUAGUUGGUUAGUUUUUGGAGGACAUGCGUGGUUGUGCUACAAGGCGGUUUAUGCGGUUAUGUCACAAAGCGUUCAUUAAUUUUUGAAGUCUAUUUUGCAUAAAAUGUAAAUAAAUAGAAUGUUAUCUAGUUUUAUAGCAAGACUUAAUGUAACUUUAUUGCUAUGAAUUUUAUUCUGAUCUCUAUUGAGUAAAACUAAAAAUACGAGUACAAUCGAAUUCCGUCUAAUGAGAGUCUACGAUAAGGUCGGGGGAUUCUAACGGGUGAAGACUAGGGAUAUGGAUGUGAAACAAAGCACCGUUAGUUAUUGCGGCAAAAUCAUAUUACUUAUUGCAUCAAAAUAAAAAUAAUUUGUUUUGCUGAAAAAGCCAAUGUGCAAUUAUAUUAUUGGUAGUACAUACAUGCUACUAUUAGUGCAAUUAAAAGUUGUUCAAAAUAACAAUUUCUUUUUUACUGGAGAACUACAUAAGAUUUUAUGUUUUCUUGGAGUGAAUUCAUUUUCCAUGCCCCGGUCCAGAAGUUCGUUUAUCAAUGAAGUUAUGAAAAAUAGCUGAAACAGGCCAUUACAGUUACGAACACUUUGUGUGUUCUGGCCAGGCGAGCUUAUUAAGCCUUAGUAUAAGGGUCAAAAUUGCUUGAUUAGUCGAGAUCCUUUUGAAUAUUCUUUGACUCUUAACAAUGGUGGUCCAAAUCCUAAAGGCC